AAUAUAUAAAUAAAAAUAAAAUAAUAAUUGGUUUUGUUAAUUAACUGGCAUUUCAUGUCGCUUUUGAAAUUUGAAGUUCCAUUCUUCUCCACUUGUUCUCUCUAUUUCACGGUGCUCUUGAAAUUUACAGCUUCGUGAUUGAGGCAAACGGAUUUUUCUUCUAACGAUCCACUCGCCUUGACUUGUGGAACAAAACCCAUGAUCUCUCUCUGGUUUUAAAUUACUCCUUGUGUUCUCGUCCGCAUUUCUUAAUUGGAAUAUUAUAGUAUUCUUUUCAGAGCUCUGAGAUCUCUAAUUCUGGAGGUUUCGACAGAGCCGAAGGAACUUUGAUAUGAGCUAAGGGGAUAAAAUGAGAGAAAAAUGCAGUAAUCGUAGGUGAUAAUGAAAGCAAUCAGCUAUGAUACAGUUAUAUCUUAUGUUCAUGGCAACCCUAUUCUGGUAACUCCAUGUCUUCGGUUGAAAGUUCUCUGCAAGGACUAAAAACUAAUGGGAUCCAGAGUCAAGUUUCCGGGAUUCUUCUGGACAGGCACAAUUUUGAUGCUCAACUAGCAAAACAAAAUUUCAAAAGCAGUGAUGACCUCAAUCACAUCGAUGACCUAGAGGCUAUGGAGCUUUAUUCAAGAGCCAGGGCACAGGAAGCGGAGAUCCUCUCCCUUCGUGAGCAGAUUGCUGUUGCUUGUGUGAAAGAAUUGCAUCUACUGAAUGAAAAAUGCAAAUUAGAGAGAAAAUUCUCUGAACUAAGAAUGGCAAUUGAUGAAAAGCAAAAUGAAGCCAUUGCUUCUGCAUCCCAUGAGUUGGCUCGAAGAAAGGGUGAUCUGGAGCAAAACUUAAAAUUGGCUCAUGAUUUAAAGGCUGCAGAUGAUGAGAGAUAUGUCUUCAUGAAAUCGAUGCUGGGGUUACUUGCUGAAUAUAGUUUAUGGCCUCGUGUUAUGAAUGCUUCUGCCAUAUCCAACAGCAUAAAGCAUUUACAUGAUCAAUUACAAUGGAGGAUCCGAAGUUCACAUGACAGAAUUAGAGAUAUAAGUUCUGUGCUCCAAAGUUAUGGUGAAAAUGGUAUUCAUGUUGAAAGUCCAGGAUCUGGAAAUUGGAUAAAUGACAUGCAUAAUCCAUCCACGAUUCAACAUAAUUUUCCCCUGCAAAAUAUUAUUAGGAAUGAACAACAUGCACAGCUGAUGAGCAACAUGGCAGGGGGGAUGUCGUUCUCUCAAAUACAUGAUAAUAAUGUAAUGCAAGGUAGAACCAGAGAAAGAAUAUUCAAUGGCAAUUGGUCUCAACCUUCACCAGACCAUGAUGACGCUGGAUUGACUUCUGUUUAUGAAGAUGGCCCGGGAAUAGAGAAUUUUCAAAUUGUUGGUGAUGCUGUUCCUGGGGAGAAACUUCUUGGAUGUGGAUAUCAAGUACGGGGGACUUCUCUCUGUAUGUUUCAGUGGGUUCGGCAUCUUCAGGAUGGUACUAGGCAAUACAUUGAAGGUGCCACUAAUCCUGAGUAUGUAGUUACAGCUGAUGAUGUUGAUAAAGUGAUAUCUGUUGAGUGCAUUCCAAUGGAUGAUAAAGGCCGUCAGGGGGAGCUAGUGAAGCUUUUCGCUAAUGAUCAAAAUAAAAUAAAGUGUGAUCCAGAAAUGCAGCGAGAGAUUGAUACAAAUAUGGCUAGGGGACAAGCAUCAUUUAACGUUCUACUUCUUAGGGAUUCUUCUGAAAAUUGGGAGCCAGCAACUCUAUUUUUGGGACGAUCAGGGUACAAAAUUACGAUUAACAGCCCAGAAGAAGUGGUAGUUGCAGAAAAAUUCUCCUCAGAGUUAUCGAUAAAAGUUCCUUGCGGUCUCACAAAACAGUUUGUAUUAACAUGCUCAAAUGGAUCUUCCCAUCCAUUAUGCACUCAUGAUGUUCGAAUGCGUGACACUCUUGUGUUGACUAUGCGGAUGUAUCAGAGUAAGGCGUUGGAUGACAAAAAGAAAGGAAGAGCAUGAUCUCAGAAUCGUGUCCAAAUAAGAAAAGAAAGGUAUUACAUUGAAUUAAUACAUCACCUGGAGAUAUUUUACAAUUAUUUUGGUUCUGUUGUUAUUAUUAAUUUAUAAAUGUUUAUGAUGUAAGUAGGAAUUGUAGCAUGCAAUUUGCCUUGUGAUUUUACAGUAGCCUCCCCUGUAUGCAAAUUUGUUUACUUCACUUUAACAAAGUUAUUCAAAAGUUA